CAGGGGCGGACUGACCAUUUGGAAACUCAGGCACUGCCCGAGGGUCUGGGGUCAGUAGGGGGCCCCAUGAAAUGUCCCUGGUACCUUUUUCAUAGGCUUUUUUGAGUUUGGGCAAGGACACAGGGGCCCCAUGAUCCCCUAUUGCCCGGGGGUCCCAUGAGUUGUCAGUCCGCCCCUGGGUGGACUGACCAUUGGGGAACUCGGACACUGCCCGAGGGCCCGGGGGUUAGUAGUUGGGGGCUCCAUGAGAUGUCCCUGGUACCUUUCAUAGGCUUUUUUGAGUGUGGUUUGAGUGUGGACGAGGAUAUAGGGGCCCCAUGAUCCCCUAUUGCCCGGGGUCCC